AUGGGAGGUGAGAUAUUCUAUCGUAUGAAUGAGUGGGGUGAAAUGUCAGCUCAAACUGUUCUUUUCACUUCCGAGUCUGUGACUGAGGGUCAUCCAGACAAGAUCUGCGAUCAAGUCUCUGAUGCCAUCCUUGAUGCCUGUUUGGCUCAAGAUCCAUAUUCCAAGGUUGCUUGUGAAACUUGCACCAAGACUGGUUUAGUUAUGGUAUUUGGUGAAAUUACCACCAAGGCUGUUGUCGACUACCAAAAGGUUGUCCGUGACACCAUCAAGAAGAUCGGUUUUGAUGACUCCUCAAAGGGUUUCGAUUACAAGACUUGCAACGUCCUCGUUGGUAUUGAACAACAAUCACCAGAUAUUGCCCAAGGUGUCCACGUUGGUAAGAACCUCGAAGACAUUGGUGCCGGUGAUCAAGGUCACAUGUUUGGUUAUGCCACCAAUGAAACCGUUGAAAUGAUGCCAUUGACUCAUUACCUCGCCUCUGAGUUGGUCAACAAGUUGACUGAACUCCGUCACAACGGUACCCUCGCCUGGGCCCGUCCAGACGCCAAGACCCAAGUCACCGUCGAAUACUUAAAGGAAGGCGGUCGUAUGACCCCAGUCCGUGUCCACACUGUCGUCAUCUCCACCCAACACGAUGAAGACGUCACCAACGAAGUCAUCCGUUCCGAGCUCCUCGAAAAGGUUGUCAAGGAAGUCAUCCCAGCCAAGUACUUGGACGACAAGACCAUCUACCAUCUCAACCCAUCUGGACGUUUCGUCAUUGGUGGUCCAAUGGGUGACUCUGGUCUCACUGGUCGUAAGAUCAUCAUCGAUUCAUACGGAGGUUGGGGUGCCCACGGUGGUGGUGCCUUCUCUGGUAAGGAUCCAUCCAAGGUCGAUCGUUCUGGUGCCUACGCUGCCCGUUGGAUCGCCAAGUCCAUCGUCGCUGCUGGUCUUGCCGAACGUUGUCUCGUCCAAGUCUCAUACGCCAUCGGUGUUGCCAAGCCACUCUCUGUCUUUGUCGACUCUUAUGGCACCGGCAAGAAGUCCGAUACCGAAUUAUUAGAUAUCAUCAACAAGAACUUUGAUCUCCGUCCUGGAGUCCUCACCCGUGAAUUGGACCUCCUCAGACCAAUCUACCAAUUGACCGCCGCCGGUGGUCAUUUCGGUCGUGCCCUCAAGGAAUUCACCUGGGAAACUCCAAAGACCCUUACUCAAUAA